AGCAGCUUCUUUCCUCUGACUCCCCUCGUCAGGCUGGCCGAGCGGGUGUAGUUGCUGGGGAGGCUCCCGCUAGGGGAACCCGGCGACGGCAGGAGCUGGGCGGCCGCCUCCCACUCCGGCCGUCCGGCGGUGGCUGCCUCCGCCCGCGCGUCGGUCCCGGGUGCCGGGGGAUGUGUGUCAGUUUACGCCUCUGAGAUCGCACAGCUGCCUGGGGACCGUGGGAUGCCCAAGCCAAGUCUGGGCUUUUCUUUUUAUCGUCAUUAUUAUUAUAUAUAUAUUUUUACGCUUGGCUUCCGGGAAAUCUUCGUGAUGUUGUAGGAUAAAGGAAAUGAUACUUUGAGGAACUGGAGAGGACAUAGAUGCGUUUUGUUUUUAAGAGAGGAAACCCGUCCCCUCUUGCUAGCUUGCUCCCGCGUUGCUGAUUUCAAGAGCCACCCUCCUCUUAGUGAGGUGAGAAUCCAGCAGGAAUAAGGUGAAGACGGGCCGCCGGGACCCAGGAGGGAAACACUGACCAUUAGAGACCUUUGCAGAAGACACUGUAAGGAAGAAAGCAAGAGAGAGGAAAACAAAAAGACUUAAAAUUAUACAAGAAAUCUACAAAUCCAGCUCUGAAAGCCUCUCAGAAAGCCUCCUUCUCCAAAAUGGAUAUGUUUCCUCUCACCUGGGUUUUCUUAGCUCUCUACUUUUCAGGACACGAAGUGAGAGGCCAACCAGACUCACCCUGUGGAGGUCGUUUGAAUUCCAAAGAUGCUGGCUACAUCACCUCCCCCGGUUACCCCCAGGAUUACCCAUCCCACCAGAACUGCGAGUGGAUUGUUUACGCCCCUGAGCCCAACCAGAAGAUUGUCCUCAACUUCAACCCUCACUUCGAGAUUGAGAAACACGACUGCAAGUAUGACUUCAUUGAGAUUCGGGAUGGAGACAGUGAAUCUGCGGACCUCCUUGGAAAGCACUGUGGGAACAUCGCCCCACCCACCAUCAUCUCCUCGGGCUCCGUGCUCUACAUCAAGUUCACCUCCGACUACGCCCGGCAGGGGGCAGGCUUCUCCCUGCGCUACGAGAUCUUCAAGACAGGCUCCGAAGACUGUUCCAAAAACUUCACAAGCCCCAACGGGACCAUCGAAUCCCCCGGGUUUCCCGAGAAGUAUCCGCACAACUUGGACUGCACCUUUACCAUCCUGGCCAAACCCAAGAUGGAGAUCAUCCUGCAGUUCCUGACCUUUGACCUGGAGCACGACCCGUUGCAGGUGGGAGAAGGAGACUGCAAAUACGACUGGCUGGACAUCUGGGACGGCAUUCCACAUGUUGGCCCUCUGAUUGGCAAGUACUGUGGGACCAAAACACCCUCGGAACUCCGCUCGUCAACAGGGAUCCUCUCCCUGACUUUUCACACAGACAUGGCGGUGGCCAAGGAUGGCUUCUCUGCACGCUAUUACCUGAUCCACCAAGACCCACCAGAGAACUUCCAGUGCAGCGUCCCUCUGGGAAUGGAAUCUGGCCGGAUUGCUAAUGAGCAGAUCAGUGCCUCCUCUACCUACUCUGACGAAAGGUGGACGCCUCAGCAAAGCCGGCUUCAUGGCGAAGACAAUGGCUGGACCCCCAACUUGGAUUCCAGCAAGGAGUACCUCCAGGUGGACCUGCGCUUUCUGACCAUGCUCACAGCCAUUGCAACGCAGGGCGCCAUUUCCAGGGAGACGCAGAAUGGCUACUAUGUCAAAUCCUACAAGCUGGAAGUCAGCACGAACGGGGAGGACUGGAUGGUCUACAGGCAUGGCAAAAACCACAAGGUAUUCCAAGCCAACAACGACGCAUCCGAGGUGGUUCUUAACAAGCUGCACACACCCCUCCUGACCAGGUUCGUCAGGAUCCGGCCCCAGACCUGGCACUCAGGCAUCGCCCUGCGGCUGGAGCUCUUUGGCUGCCGGGUCACAGAUGCACCCUGCUCCAACAUGCUGGGGAUGCUGUCGGGCCUCAUCCCUGACUCCCAGAUCUCGGCCUCCUCCACCCGCGAGUACCUGUGGAGCCCCAGCGCCGCCCGCCUGGUCAGCAGCCGCUCGGGUUGGUUCCCCCGGAUCCCUCAGGCCCAGCCAGGCGAGGAGUGGCUCCAGGUGGACCUGGGAGUGCCCAAGACGGUGAAGGGCGUCAUCAUCCAGGGGGCCCGCGGGGGAGACAGCAUCACUGCCGUGGAAGCCAGGGCGUUUGUGCGCAAGUUCAAAGUCUCCUACAGCCUGAACGGCAAAGACUGGGAAUACAUCCAGGACCCCAGGACCCAGCAGCCGAAGCUGUUUGAAGGCAACAUGCACUAUGACACCCCUGACAUCCGAAGAUUUGACCCUGUUCCUGCACAGUACGUGCGGGUGUACCCCGAGAGGUGGUCUCCGGCAGGGAUUGGAAUGCGGCUGGAGGUGCUGGGCUGUGACUGGACAGACUCGAAGCCCACAGUAGAGACCCUGGGACCCACUGUGAAGAGCGAGGAGACCACGACCCCAUAUCCCAUCGAGGAGGAGGCCACAGAGUGUGGGGAGAACUGCAGCUUUGAGGAUGACAAAGAUCUGCAGCUCCCUUCGGGAUUCAACUGCAACUUUGAUUUCCCCGAGGAGCCCUGUGGUUGGAUGUACGACCAUGCCAAGUGGCUCAGAAGCACCUGGCCCGGCAGCUCCAGCCCAACCGACCGGACGUUUCCAGAUGACAGGAAUUUCUUGCGGCUGCAGAGCGACGGCCGGAGAGAGGGCCAGUACGCACGGCUCAUCAGCCCUCCCGUGCACCUGCCCCGAAGCCCCGUGUGCAUGGAGUUCCAGUACCAAGCCACCGGUGGCCGCGGGGUGGCGCUGCAGGUGGUGCGCGAGGCCAGCCAGGAGAGCAAGCUCCUCUGGGUCAUCCGCGAGGACCAGGGCGACGAGUGGAAACACGGGCGGAUCAUCUUGCCCAGCUAUGACAUGGAGUAUCAGAUUGUGUUUGAGGGAGUCAUAGGAAAAGGACGUUCAGGAGAAAUUGCCAUUGACGACAUUCGGAUAAGCACUGAUGUCCCACUGGAGAACUGUAUGGAACCCAUCUCAGCUUUUGCAGGUGAGAAUUUUAAAGGGGGCACCCUCCUACCAGGGACCGAGCCCACAGUGGACACGGUGCCCGUGCAGCCCAUCCCAGCCUACUGGUAUUACGUAAUGGCCACCGGGGGCGCCCUGCUGGUGCUGGUCUCCGUCGCCCUGGCCCUGGUGCUCCACUACCACCGGUUCCGCUAUGCGGCCAAGAAGACCGAUCACUCCAUCACCUACAAAACCUCCCACUACACCAACGGGGCCCCUCUGGCGGUGGAGCCCACCUUAACCAUUAAACUAGAGCAAGACCGCGGCUCGCACUGCUGAGGCCGAAGCAAAGGACAGCACCCAAAACAAACGAGAAAGACUGCAAACACGUUGCCUCGAUUUUGCACUUUUUUCUCCUCGCCUAGUCUCUGUGUGAACUCUCAGACAUCUCUCUCUCUCUCUUUCUCUCUCUCUCGGGGCCCAAGCCCUGUGAGCUUUUAUUCAUCCUGACCAUUGUCCUCGGGUUCUUUUUUUUUUUUUUCUUUUCACUGAUUCCAAACCAACCACCCCCAACUCUAAUGCUGCAUCUUGGACUAUGAGAAGAGACACACCCCUCAGCCCUUCACAACUGAAGGCUCAGCUGGUUUUCUUCCCGAGACUGGCUCCCCGUUUCUUCCCCUUGCCUUAUCCCCUACCUCCUCUCGGUGGGCAGUCUGCCAGGAGACUCGAGAGGAAACCUGGCUGUGUGUGUUUGUACAUAGUAUACAUUUGCGUGUGAAUAUCUGUGUGUGUGGCUGGGGGGGUUGUGGGUGUGAGAGAGAGACUGGUUCAUUGUGGGGGGGUAUUGUGUGGGUGUGUUCAGAGAGGACCCCCUUUAAUUCUUGUGUUAUUUCUCCAGGGGGUACAUGUUACAAGAAAAUAAUAUACUGAACUAGUUUUGUUUACUUGGAGAAGAGAUUGAAGCUUUUUGUUGCCUUA